AUGAAGUUCACCACUCUCGCUUUUUCUGCUGCAUAUAUUUCUUCUGUCUUCGGUUACGCCUUUCAAAUUUACCCUUUCACUGUGUCAACAGAUUCAACUGUAGAUAAUAAUUAUUUAACUAUUACAUACAAAGGAAAUGUUGAUGCACGCAACGACAUUUCAUAUGGAAAGAAAUUUGGCAUUUUCUAUUACGACAUUGAUACUAAAGAAAUUUAUAGUGCAGGUUCGGAGAAACCUUACGCGGUGAAAGACUACGUAGGACCCAAGACCUAUUUGACUAUUCAUAAUGGAUACCUUGUCGCUGGCAGCACCCCUGCAAAAGCAGAACUCAUCAACUCAGACUUAUACAUUGAGGGUAAUGAUCAGUUUUAUGUCUUAAAUGGACUUAUCUAUGUUUCUAAUAUUGCAGGCAGUACUCCAACCAAGCUCAAAGGUUUUAUUAGCGGUCUCUUACCUGAUCCUAAUUCAGUCCCCCCUUCUUCGCCUGUGCCUCCUUCAUCACCUACUCCGACUCCAUCAGGUUACACCAAUACCACUAUUACAACUACCUUGACUUACACUGAGGGCCACACUACUGUGGUUACAGUCACUACUUGUCCUCCAACAGUCAUAGACUGUCCAGCCAGACACACACCACAAGUUAUUACAACAGUUAUUCCAGUAACCAAGACCACCACGUACUGUCCAGCAACUACUACCCCAACGUAUGUACCAUACACAGAGUAUACAGAGUAUACGGCAUACACUCCUACUAUUGCCGGUGAAUCUAUCGUUAAGACAACAGCACCGGUGACUGAAGUCCCCAAUGGAGCCGUGAAGGCAGGCUCUCUCUAUGGAAUCGGAAUACUUGCCGCUGCAGCCUACUUGUUUUAA